AUGCUCGCCGCUUGGUGCCGUCACUCGGAAACGUUCCUCGAAGGUGCGGAGAAUUCAUCACCUCUCCUGGCCCGGGGCUUCUCUGUUAACAAUGGCAUUCCGGACUCCGAGGCUUCGAUUCACUACGACAUGAUUGACCGGGCCAUUGCCGACAUCAUCGCUUCCGGCCCCGGCUCGCUCCUCGUCAAACUGGACCUUGAGUCUGCUUUCCGGCACAUCCCCGUCCGCCCAGCAGACUGGCAUCUCCUGGGUUACACGUGGGAUGAAAAGCUCUAUCAUGACAUUGUCCUUGGCUUCGGGUGCCGCUCGGCACCCUACAUCUUCAAUCUCUUUGCUAAGGCGCUGCACUGGAUACUCCAGCGGCACCUUCCUGCCCGGAUUCGUCACUACCUGGACGACUUCCUACAGAUCUUUGCACCGGGAACACCACACAAUGUUGUCUCUCACGCGUUGCAGUGGACUUUGGAUCUUGGGCAACAGCUCGGACUCCACUUUCAGCCAUCCAAAACUUGCGGGCCCGCCACCCAGCUCGAGUUUCUGGGCAUCGAACUCGACUCAGUCGCAAUGGAGGCUCGGCUUCCUGGCGAGAAGCUCGAGUAUCUUCGUGAGCUCUUGGACUCAUGGACGCGUCGCACUCAUGCGCAGCUUCACGACGUCCAGGAACUGACUGGCUUUCUGCAAUUUGCCUCUCAGGUGAUCCCGACGGCGAGAGCCUUUCUACGUGGUCUCUAUGACCUCCAGAACAAGUUCUCAUCCCCUUUCGCACGGCGUCGCAUCUCCCAAUCGGCUCGUCGCGACAUCGCAUGGUGGUCCGCCUUCUCUGCUGACUGGAAUGGCAUUCGUUUCAUUGCGCCGCAAAGACGCAUUCUCCACGUCUGGACCGACGCCAGCGGCACCAAGGGUCUGGGGGGGCAUUUCGGUGCCCGCUGGUUCUCGGUCCACUUCCCAAAGCGUUCCCUCACUGAGCACAUCCAGGUGAAGGAGAUGCUGGCCGUCAUUCAUGCAGUCCUCUGCUGGGGCGAGGACUUCCGCGGCGCUCACGUCAUCUUUCAUAUCGACAACGAAGCGGUCCACACCACACUCAACAACUUCUCCAUCCGGAGCACCCCCACGAUGGAUCUCUUCCGGCGUUUCCUGGCACUCGCAUGCCGGCUUGAUUUCUCCUUUUCUUCUGUUUGGCUCUCUUCUAAAGAAAACUCGAUUGCUGACGCCGCUUCCCGGUUCUCCUUCUCCCACAUGUUCAAAAUUGCGCCCUUCCUCAACCGACAGCCCGACUCACGCCGCCUCCGGAUUGGUGGACAGAAGCAGUUUAUCAACCAUUGCAAGCUCUACUCCAUCUACAAUGUUGACGGCGGCAUCUUCCCAGCCUCACUCCCUGCCCUCAUGUCCUGGGUCUCCAUCAGCCUCGCGGGUCGUGUCCAACCCAAGACUAUCAAACAAUACCUCUCGCACGUUCGGUCUUUCCACGUUGACGCUGACAUGCCAUUUACAGUCUGCCAGUCUCCCAUCCUCCAGCGGCUCAUACGCGGCGUCAAGCGCUUCCAUGGCGAAUGCGAUCGGAAGCCCGUCCAGCCGAUCACCCUCCCUAUCCUCACCGCCAUGCUAUCCGAACUCCGUCCUGGGGACACGCCUGGCCACACCACCCUUUACGCUGCCUUCUCCCUCGCAUACGCAGGAUUCCUUCGCUCCGGAGAAAUCACAGCAGGGUCGGGAUCCAGCUCGGCUAGUCUCAACCUGCGCCGCAGCAACGUUGAGUUCCUCCCCAGUUUUGACGAGUGUACUCAUGUCAAUCUCACGCUCCCGGCCUCCAAAACCGACCCCUUCCGCAAGGGCGUCACAAUCUCCAUCGCCGCAGCUCCAGGACUCAUCACGUGCCCUGUCGCAGCGCUCAAACGGCUCUUCACAGAGCUCCCCCGGCCACUCACGGCUCCACUCUUUGAAGGUCUCGACGGAAAGCCUCUCCAGUACAAGGCCUUCGUUGCUGGCCUCCGCGAUGCACUCGCCAGCGCCGGAAUCGACCCUACAGGUUUUGCAGGCCACAGCUUUCGGCGAGGUGCAGCCUCUGAGGCAGCCGCCGCCGGGUUCAGCGACUACGAAAUCCAGCUUCUAGGGCGCUGGCGAAGCGACUCCUACAAGCUGUACAUCGAGAACUCGCUCUCGCGAAUCCUCUCCCUCUCCAAAAACCUCCACAUGGCCCAUCCUCAUUCCGUCCCUUACAUCCCUCCGGUCUUUCGUGACUACGCACCAUUGGCUUGA